AUGUCUGACGUCGCGGAGACCAAGCCUGACCCCACCACUCAGGCUCCUGAGGCCGACAAGCCCGAGACCGCCACCGGCGAGGGUGAGAAAACCGUCACCGAGACUGCUGUCGACGCGGCCAAGGACGCUGCGGAGACUGCCAAGGAUGCUGCCGUCAAGACCUCCGACAGCGUCUUCUCGAUGUUUGGUGGCGGCCCCAAGAAGGAGAAGAAGGAGGACGCCGAGGAGGCUGUAGAUGAGCCCUCUGGCUCUUCCAAGGCCAAGAAGGAGGGUGAGGAUGAAGAGGCCCCCGAAUCCCCCGACGUUCACUUCGAGCCUGUGAUCCACCUGACCGAGAAGAUCGAGACCAAGACCAACGAGGAGCUUGAGGAGCAGGUGUUCAAGAUGCGCGCCAAGCUGUUCAAGUUCGACCGCGAUAGCAAGGAGUGGAAGGAGCGUGGUACCGGUGACGUCCGUUUGCUGAAGCACAAGGAGAACCAGAAGACCCGUCUGGUCAUGCGCCGUGAUAAGACCCUCAAGGUCUGCGCCAACCACUACAUUGUUCCCGACAUGAAGCUCAGCCCCAACGUCGGCAGUGACCGAAGCUGGGUCUGGAACGCUGCUGCCGAUGUCUCUGAGGGUGAGCCCGAGGCCCAGACUCUGGCCAUUCGCUUUGCCAACAGCGAGAACGCGAACCUCUUCAAGGAGGCCUUUGAAAAGGCCCAGCAGGAGAAUGAGAAGCUCUUCGCUGCUAAGAAGCAGGAGUAA